AUGGAAGCAUAUGCGUUUAAUUUAUUUCGUGAAGUUGAUGAACUUUUUGAAAGUAAGUCUGUUAAUGUGAGCAAAUUUUACAAUGACAAAAGAGUGACCCAAUAUUGCCCUGAACAGAAUGGUGGAUAUAAAAGUUGUUAUAGUGAUUAUGAAAGAAUCAACGCUAUUGGUACAUAUGUAUUUAUGGAAUUAAUUAGCAAAAAUAAAAUUUUAAAUGGAAGCAAUGAUGAAAGACAUCUUAGUUAUUUUAUAAUGUGGAUAAGCCAUAUAUUAUACAGGAAAUUCGAAAAUAACACCUUUACUUUAAAUUCGAUUUAUGAAAAACAUUUAAAGAAUAAUGUUGGAAAUUUUAAUUAUUGGAACCUUUUACAAAAUAAAAAGUACCUGACAAAUUCUAAUAUUGCGAUUAUGAAUAUUCUUUACCUUUUAUUUCAGCAAAUUUCUGAUACAAUUAAGGUAUAUCAAACAAAAGGCAUACAAUCACACGAAUAUACAAGCAAGACCUUUGAAUUCUAUCUUACAUAUGAUAAACUUUCUAAACAUAUUAAUCGUUGUGGCCCGUAUCGUGAAUUAUUGAAUCAUUUAAUAACAACAUAUAACAGCUUUAUAAAAACUGCUAAAACUGAAAAUAUCCAUGGGACUCAUAUAGUUAAUGAUCUUAUGGAACUUUCACCGAUAGAAAAAAAGUUUGGACAGAAAUUCAGCAGUAAUGGAUGCAAAAAAAUACAUAAAAAAUUAAUGAAUAAUAGUUCCAAGCUUAUAAAAAUGGGAAAUAACAUGUUAUUUGAUUAUGCAAAAAGAAAAAUCCAGGGCACACCUAAUUCAAUAGAACCUAAAGAUACGGGAUAUUAUUAUUUUCAUGGUCAUAAUUAUGAUGAUGUUAGUGACGAUAAUGAUGAUGAUGUUAGUGACGAUAAUGAUGAUGAUGUUAUUGACGGUGAUGAUGAUGAUAUUGUUGACUUGGGAAAUAAUGAUAUUCCAACAAAUUUAUCAAAUCAAGAACAAAAUGGCCAGCAAGGGGCAUCAACAGCUUCAAACCCAGCAUCUGAAAAAUUACCACCUACACCACCACAAGCACCUCAAAAAUCAGAUGCUUCUAAAAUUGAGAAAACGAAUUCAGGCACUCAGAAAGGGAAUUCGGAUAGUGAAGGUGGUGGAUCAGGUAGUGGAGCAAGUGGAACAGGAAGUGGAAAAGGAGACACAAAACGGGAAUCAGGAUCCCCAGAUAGUGGAACGUCUAGUGUACAAAAUGAUCAAGGAGGAUCACUUGGUGGAUCAGGCAGUCAAAAGGAUUCAAGUAAUCAAGGAGGUUCACUUGAUGGAUCAAAGCCAUCAAGGGAUCAGGAUACAAAACAUUCAUCAGGAGCAUCCAAUGGAUAUUUUCCAAGAAAUUGGGGAAUGAGUUUGAAUCUUAUGAGUUAUAUGCCUAGUGCUUCCGAUAUAUAUGAAACUCCAAAGAAUAUUUUAAUAAGUGGCACUAAUAAAAUCAUGAGUGCAUAUAAUAGUGCUAAGGUCAUUGUGCAAGAUACUUAUGAUAAAACUCUGGCCACUGUAAAAGAGGCUUAUACUGCAUCUACUGAUUAUAUUAGUGGUGCUGUUAAUAGUAUAACUACCCAAUUUAAUCCAUUCGGUACUUCUCAAUUAAGUGAUGAUCAAUCUGGAUCAGGUGGUUCAUGGAAUAGUUUGCAAACAGAUAAUAACCCAUUAAAGACACCACUACCACCAUCGCCAUCACCAUCAAUAACUUUACCGUUAUCUCCAUCAGAUCCACAAACUCCACCAGAUCCAUCAGAUCCAAAAUCAAUCGAUUCACAGACUAGCACUACACCAAUUCAACAAAUUGCACCUACUGAUGGAAAUAUUGGAUCUCAAACACCACCAUCUGGUCAAGGUACAUUAUCAAUUUCUGGUAGUAAUCCUUCAAAUACAAAAAAAGAAAACGUAAUUACUGUAGCAAAUGUUAAAAUGAAAGAACCUCCAUCAAUAUGGUGUAUAGGACCAAAUAAUAAAUGCGACAUAACUGGUAUUAGUAUUAUAGUUAUUUCAAUAUUCACUUUUUUAGUAAUUAUGUAUAAGUAUCUAUCACUUGGGUGGACAAGCAAAUCGAAGAGAAAAAAAACCAUAAAAAAGGUUAUAAAUUCAAUUGGAGGGAAAAGACCGAUUCAAAUAAUUAUAAAAUCACACGAUAGGAACAAAGACCUAAAACCUGUUAUAAAUUCAGUUGGUAGAAAAAAAGAUCCAUUAUUAAAUAUAUACAAACUUAUGCAGGCCGAUCCUGUACCAUUUAUUAAUUUAUUUUUUUUGUUAAUUUUUUUUGUCUAUAAAAGAAAAGAAAAUUUUUUGGAAUUAUAA